ACCCUGCCUCUCCGCUCCCAGUCGAAACUAAACUACUCCCCAAGUCUUCAUCAUCAGCUUUCUCAUCUCCCCUCCUCACCAAACCGUCUCACUCCAGUAACUUCUGGUUUUAGAAAACAUCUUAUGAUAUAGUAUGGAAUAAAGUAUCUUAAUGGUGGUCAAACAAAAUGGAGCCUUGAGUGAAAAGCAGAGAGCCACGAGCUUGCUUCUUUCUCAUAGUUCUCCAGACAACAAUUGCCUUGGUGUUCCUGAGAGAUGGUUUGGUUCCAUUAUUUCAUAAAUAUUGCAUUGCCAUACAGGUCUAAGCAUGUCAACUAUGACGACUGUGAAUGUUCCUUCUCGGUGCAUGCUCAGAAAUGCACCCAAGACUCGAUUCACCAGUUCUAUCAUCAAGUUCUCAUCUCCGCUUGGAUCUGUGAAGACUCUCUCCAAGUCCUUUGGCUUGAAAGCAUCCGCCUCUUCCCGAACAUCAAUGGCAGCAUACAAGGUUAAGCUGAUUGGGCCAGACGGGGAGGAGAACGAGUUUGACGCUCCAGAUGACUCUUACAUCUUGGAUUCAGCUGAGAAUGCAGGAGUUGAGCUGCCCUAUUCUUGCAGGGCUGGGGCAUGCUCCACCUGUGCAGGAAAGAUGGUAGCAGGUUCUGUUGACCAGUCUGAUGGUUCCUUCCUUGAUGACAACCAAAUGAAGGAGGGUUAUUUGCUGACCUGUGUCUCAUACCCAUCUUCAGACUGUGUGAUCCACACUCACAAGGAAAGUGAACUGUAUUAGGUACCUGCAUUGUUGAAUUGAGUAGUAUUAUGAAGUCUUGGUUUGGUUAUUUCCAGGAUUUUUAUGAAUCUCAUGUUCUUUCUCUUGGACCUUUCUUCUAUUUUAUAGUGUUUGUUGUGUGGGCUUCUGUAGCAGUUUAAAUAUGAUACUGUGUCAAUUUCACUAGAUUGAUCCCACCUUCUUAACACAUUUAGAGAUAAACUUAUCGUAAUCCUAAUGAGGAUCGUUUUGACUCUUAAGAGUUCAUCCCAUCCGAGUUGAAAUUGAACCCUAAUCACAUGUUGGUGACUUGGUCAUCUUUAAAGUGUUGAAGCAAUUUCAAUAAAACAGUGAAAGCUUUAAGU